GGGGAGGAGGGAGGGAGGCAGGGCCAAGAUGGCGGCGCCCUGUGGGCUAGAGGAGCCCCGAGUGGUAAACAGCUGAGUUGGAGAGAAGGAGGGUGAUCAUGAAAGGUGCCAGAUUGACAGCACUGGAAACUGAAGUCCUACUUGUCCACAGAACAGUGUGGUAGGGGCACCAAUGAGGAACCUGAAGAAGUUUUAACUUGCACAUUCAUAUAACACGUGCAUAAGCCUAUAGUAGUAAACAGAAUGGCCCAGCAAGCAAAUAUUGGUGAGCUCCUCUCUAUGUUGGAUUCUUCAGUUCUGCUUGUCCAGGAAGAUAUAACAGCUGUCUUCAAAGAUAACCUCAACUCUGACCGUGGACCGAUGCUUGUGAAUAUGCUAGUAGAUUACUACUUGGAAAACAAUUCUCAGCAGGCAUUGCAGAUCCUGUCUACAUUGCAAGAGCCUCAUGACAAGCACCUACUGGACAAAAUUAAUGAAUAUAUGGGCAAAGCUGCUACCCGUUUACAUACUCUCUCUCUGCUGGGUCAUGUGAUAAGACGACAGCCAUCUUGGAAACAUAAACUUUCUCAAGCACCUCUCCUGCUUUCCUUACUUAAGUGUCUUAAGACUGACACAGAUGUUGUAGUACUCACCACUGGUGUCCUAGUGUUAAUAACCAUGCUGCCAAUGAUUCCACAGUCAGGCAAAAUGUACCUUCAUGAUUUCUUUGGUAUAUUUGGCCGUCUCUCAUCCUGGUGCUUGAAGAAUCCAGGUCAUGUGGCAGAGAUCUAUCUCGUCCAUCUCCAUGCCAGUGUUUAUGCACUCUUUCACCGCCUUUAUGGAAUGUAUCCUUGCAACUUUGUCUCCUUUCUGCGCUCUCACUACAGUAUGAAGGAAAACUUGGAGACUUUUGAAGAGGUGGUCAAGCCAAUGAUGGAACAUGUACGAAUUCAUCCAGAAUUAGUGACUGGAUCCAAGGACCAUGAACUGGACCCACGAAGGUGGAAAAGACUAGAAACUCAUGAUGUUGUGAUAGAAUGUGCCAAAAUUUCCCUGGACGCAAAAGAAGCCUCAUAUGAAGACAGCUAUUAUUCUGUGUCACAGCCAGUCAGCAUAUGCUUGCAGCCCCGUCAAACUGACCCCAAUGCCAGUCCUUACAUUGACACACACAGCAGCUAUGGGACUUCCACUUCUACCCCUUAUUCCACUCCUAGGCUAACCCUAUUACAAAUGCAAGGGCAGCUACCUCCGAUUCUGAGCCCACAGUCUUCGCGGCUGUCAACUGAGCCACAGCAGGUUACCAUCUGGAGCCCCUCUGCAGUUUGUGGUAUGACCACUCCACCAACCUCUCCAGGAAUUGUCUCGUCAGAGUCCUCACAAACUUCAUCACAGCCUUAUAGCAGAUAUUUUAGCACACCUGCAGGUGGAAAAGGAACCCCACUAGGAACACCAGCCACCUCCCCUCCUCCACCCUGCAUUUCAGAUGACUUUGUGCACGUUUCACUCCCUCCAGCUGCUGCCACACCUCUCAAGAAGGAGGACAAACCGGAUCCCGGGAGGCCUUCGCUGUCCCGACAGCAAAAUGUCAUAAACAGCGAGAAAGCAUUGGAAGUGCCUGGCAGUAAAAGUUCUGUAAAUUUAAGUGAUCUUCCAGAAUUUUUAGGUUGCCUGGCCUCUGAUGAAGAUAGUGUUGAGAAGGACAGAGAAGAAGAUGCAAUAUCAAAAGAGAUUUCUGAGAUCACUACAGCAGAUGCUGAGCCCGUGGUGCCUAGAGGAGGAUUUGACUCUCCUUUUUACCGCACAAGUGAGAGUCUACCAGCCUCUCAAAGGAAGCCCCAUUCAGUAGUCUCCAGUGUUCAAGGACACAGUCUGAACUCUGAACCAUUAGCCUCGUCUCUAGACAAAUCUGGGCCUGAGGGUGCACGAGACACACCAAAACAAGCAUUUACUCCCAUUGACAGACCCUGUGGAGCCUCUCAUGAAGGCCCUGCUGGUAUCAGGGUAGGCCAAUCCUCUAUGGAGACCAGUAUCCUCACUCCCAGCCCUUGCAAAGUAUCAGCACAGAGAAGAAUGGGGUUUGGGAGCGGGCAGCGUCCCUCAUAUGAGCACCUUUUUGAGGUUGCAUUACCAAAGACUGCCUACCUCUUUGUUAGCAAGAAGACUGAGGAACUGAGAAAGAAAGUCAAGGGAAACCAGGAAGAAGACUGCACAUCCUCCACCUCUCCAAUGGAAGUACUGGAUAGACUGAUACAGCAAGGAGCAGAUGCACAUACCAAGGAGCUCAACAAAUUGCCUCUGCCAAGCAAAUCUGCUGACUGGACUCACUUUGGAGGUUCUCCCCCUUCAGAUGAGAUUCACACCCUGCGUAACCAGCUGCUUUUGCUACACAACCAGUUAUUGUAUGAGCGCUUCAAAAGGCAACAACAUGCCCUUCGGAACCGGCGACUCCUGCGGAAAGUGAUCAAAGCAACAGCACUGGAGGAACAUAAUGCUGCCAUGAAAGAUCAGCUGAAACUACAGGAGAAAGAUAUCCAGUCCUUGAAGCUUAGUCUGCAGAAAGAGCAGGCCAGGUACCACCAGUUUCAGGAAGAACAUGAUAAUAUAGUGGCUCAGCUUCACAGCCAGAUCCGACAGCUGCAACAUGACAGGGAAGAAUUCUACAACCAGAGCCAGGAAUUGCAGACCAAGCUGAAGGACUGUAGGAAUAUGAUUGCAGAUUUGAGGGUAGAAUUAAAGAAAGCCAACAACAAGGUGUGUCACACAGAGUUGCUUCUCAGCCAAGUUUCUCAGAAGCUUUCCAACAGCGAGUCAGUCCAGCAGCAGAUGGAGUUCUUGAAUAGGCAACUUCUGGUUCUUGGGGAGGUCAAUGAGCUGUACUUGGAACAGCUGCAGCACAAGCAUGCAGACACAACAAAGGAAGUGGAAAUGAUGCAGGCUGCUUUUCGGAAAGAACUGGAGAAAGCAAAAUUCUGUGUUCAACAGCAAAGCCAGAGGCUUGAUGCCUCCCAGAAGCGGAUAGUUGAACUGGAGUCUCAGCUUUCUAAGAAAGAUCACCUGUUACUGGAGCAAAAGAAAUAUCUGGAGGAUGUCAAAAUCCAAGCAAGAGGCCAGCUGCAAGCGGUAGAGAGCAGAUACAAAGCCCAGAAAAGAAUUACACAAGCAUUUGAGCUGGAGAUUUUAGAUCUGUAUGGCCGAUGGGAGAAGGAUAGCCUAUUGAAAAAACUUGACGAUGAAAAAACAGAAGCAGCUGAAGCAGCAGAAGAAAGGUUGGAUUGUAGUAAUGAAGGAUUUGCAGACUCUGUGGCAGGAUACGGUGAAGAAGCAAUUGGUAGAAAUGGAGAGACCAAACCUCCGAGCACCCGGGGUGGUGGUAGUAGCACUAAAGGCAGCGGCAGCAGCAGCAGUGAGUUGUCCACCCCAGAAAAACCCCAGAACCAGAGAAUGGGUCAGUUCAGCAGUCGCUGGGAAGCAUCCAUGUUGCUGGAGCCUUCCACUAGUGUCCCACUAACUGUAGGCUCACUCCCCAGCUCCAAGAGCUUUCUUGGAAUGAAGGUGCGUGAACUAUUCCGCAACAAGAGUGAGAGCCAGUGUGAUGAGGAGAGUAUGACCAUCAACAGUCUUUCUGACACUCUAAAGAGUGAACUGUGUAAAGAUCCAAGCAUGGUGGAGGCAAAGGCUCCUUCAAGCCCUGACAACCCCAGUCCCUCGCCCAUGAACCAGGAAAGCAGUGUUGGACAGCUUCAUAUCAUGGACUACAAUGAAACUCAUCAUGACCACAGUUAAAAAGGAAGAUAGUCAAUCAGUGUUAUUUUCAUAUUCUUGGCAUAGAACAGGAGGCGUGAAUGCAAGUUUAAUUAAAAGCUUUUAUGUUUCAUUGGUAUGAGCAGCUAGCUCGUGGAGUGGAAACAGGACUGAUGUUUUUUUUGCAGAAGAUGACUGCUGAAUGAAUGCAAAACGGAUUUAGGGUCUGGAACGGUAAUGCCCAACCUAACUUUCUUUUGCUUCUCCUCUCUCAAAUCCCAUCAGUAGUAGUGUGUACUAAUUUGAAGGGGCAACUGUUAGCAUUUAUAAGUAUUUUUUCCCUUCUCCCCUUCCCAAUGAGUGGUUGCAUCCUAUGAACUUGAGUGCAAUAUGAGGCCAAAUUAACUUUUGUGAAUCUACCUAUGAAUGGCACCUUAGAGACUAACAAAUUUAUUUGAGCAUAAGCUUUCAUGAGCUACAGAUCAUUCACGAAAGCUUAUGCUCAAAUAAAUUUGUUAGUCAAUAAGGUGCCACAAGUCCUCCUUUUAUUUUUACCUAUGAAUGCUUAGUGCUUUGCUUAGCUGAAAUAUCUCAGCAAGCUUCCAAUUUAGAACAGUUAAUUGUGUUGCCCUUGCAGGUGACUUUGGUUAUUAUGUUCUGUAAAGAAGCAAAACCAGAGUUUCUAGUGCAUUCAUCUGAAGGUCUUUAUUUUGCCUCUUUGUUUUCCCCCAACUUUAGUCUUUAUUAGAUUGGACUAUGGUCAAGUGACUAAAUGGUUAAAGAACAACACAUAUCUGCAAACUGAUGUUGCAUUCACCCCAAUUCAUAAUCAUUGUUUCUUUUGUCCUUAACAUUUCCUGGAAAAUUACAUGUGAACAAAUGUUGUCCCACCCCAAGGAACUCCAAACUAUUUGCUGAGGUCUCGUUAAAACACUAUUUCUUCUGAUUUUUUUCCUUGGGUGGGUAAGGAGGAUGUUCAUUGUUUGUUUGACAAACUGGUACUUGUCUGACCUUAAAUUGUUGCAUGAGUAGAGGUGAUGAGAACUGAAUACUGAGUGCAGGAAGAUCCAGACAAGGACAGUAUGUAGAGAUUUUGUGUAAAGUAGUGGGUUCACCAAAACUUCCAAGUGAGCAUUUUGAAGAAGAUUCUGCAAAUGUUUCUCUAGGCUGGGAGACCAUUGUGAUGCCUGGACUCUUUUCAUUGUGGUCUUUGUCCAGGCUGACCAAGACAGCCUCAUUCUGGGUUGAAAAAUCUCAAACAUUCUUCUUCCCAGGAGUAGGUUAUAAGAUUCGAGGCUUGAUUCAAGAAUAAUUGGAUAGACUCCCAAAGGAAGUCCUCCCCACAGUGCUAUUGCUCUCUUGGAUACAGAGGUCAUGGCAGUCCAAUUUGUGGCUACCUAGUUUUCUCCUUUUCUCUCUCCUUCCCCCUCCACUCCAAUUUCCCAAGCAACUGAGCUUGCUGUUGGGCCAGUGUAUAUAGCUCAAAAUUAUAUACAGGACCCAAUCCUGCAGCCUUCCCAUCUUUAUUAUUCCCAUUGAAGUCAAUGGGGAGCCUUGCAUGCUGAAGGACUUUGGGAUCAGGAUUUAUGUCAGUCAUCAAACUCUGGUUUCCUUCUUGUCAGAACAGAGAUCCAUUAUUAGGAAAGAGAGAGAAGUUCAUUUUUGUGAGACUCUGAUAUGUCUGGGUCCAGGAUUACUUAGUCUGUAAUAUGACCUUUUCAGCUUGAGAGCCAAGCUGCAACAGUAUUCAUUUUGUUCCUACUUUUACAGAUGUAGUCUUUUUUUUCCUUAAACAGUCUACAUGGGUGGUGGUGAGAAUUUUCUGAAAGGUAACUACACUUGUACUCUGUUUUUCUAGCUUGACCUAAUCUAAAUAGGGAUAGAACUGAUCAAAGCAGGCUGGCAUUCUGCUAACCUGACAAACAGAGCUUCUGUGAUUUCCAGUCUUCUCACCACCCCCCCACCCUCAUUGCCCAACCAGACAAUACCUUCCCUUCCAUUCCACCUCUCCCAUAACACCUAUGGUCUGUAUACAUUUCUGCCUUUCAGCCAGUCCUGACUCUGAAAGUAAAGGUGAACUUCAGUGGUUUUUUUUCAAAGCUUGAACCUGCACAGAAUAGGAAAUAGUGUCACUUAACAAAUGACAUUGACUGGUUUCGUUGACACGUCUGUAGGUUUUCUAAGACUUGGUGGUAGUUGCAAUAGUAAAUGAGUGAAGACUCAAAGGCUUCAUAUCCCACUCACCCAGAAGUAAACAGUUUGCACAUUGCCCCUAAAAGGGCUAGCUCAGCUAUUGGGUACGGUUCUGUCACAGGAAUCAGUUAGAACAUCCCUACAGUUUGGCAAUUCCCAACAGACUAUCCUGCCACAUGGUGACUCACUUCUUUUAGUGGAGGGUCUUUUGUUGUUGUUAGUAGCAAAAAUGCUCUGGAGCUAAUCAGAGCUCAUCAGUAGGUGACCUUUUCUCUUUUAAAAGGAUGUUAGCACUGGGAUGGAAUCAGAAACCACUUUAGAAGGUUUAUCUAUGGACCACAAAGAUUAUGGAGGAACAAAUUUUGCCAUUGUUUUUGUAAAUCUCUAAAAUUAUGGAUCUACUUUAUGUAGUAACUUGCAUUUUGUUUAAAGGGAUCCCAUCAGUGAAGUGGAGACAGAUAUUUUUUAACUGACUGCUUUUAGUUAAAUCUAAAAACACUGUCUUUGUCAAAAGUUAAUCUGUUCCCUGCCUCGCUCUUUAUAAGCAUGUUAAACAAUCCACAUUAAAUGCCAUAAAUAUGAAAUACAAGGAAAAAUGGUACAAUCUAAGCUAAAGAGAACUUUAAACCAAAAGGAGGUUUUGCUGUCCUUAUUAGAAUGUUCUAAAAUGUCAAGGCAGUUGCUUGUGUUUAACUGUGAACAAAUAAAAAUGUAUUGUUUUGCA